GUCGACCGACUCCAAUGAGUAAGGUUGCUGGGAUUCCUCUGACCACUGUCGGCGCCGUGGCGGUUGGUGCGGUGCUCCUGUAUAAUGGAAUCAAGGUAGUACGUGGCAAGUUGUACGACUUUGUCUUUGUGGGUCUCUCCACGGGGUGGUACCGCGAAGUCCUGGACCUCCUGGCCCCAAAGAGCCGAAUGCUUGACGUGGGCAUUGGCACUGGCAUGGCGCUCCUCCACAACAAGGCGUUAGUCGAAUCGAAGAACCUCGUGGUGGACGGUGUGGAUUACGACAAGGACUACAUCGUCGACUGCAAGAACAACGUGAUUGCCCACGGUCUCGCCGAUUCCAUCCAUGUCCACCACGCUUCCAUCUACGACUACACGUCGCCCACGCCAUACGAUGCCGUGUACUUCAGUGCGUCGCUCAUGAUCAUGCCGGACCCCGUAGAAGCCCUCCGCCACACGGCCAGUCUCUUGACGCCCACCGGCCGCGUCUACGUGACGCAAACCAUCCAAACCCAAAAGUCGUGGCUCAUGGAAGUCGGCAAGCCGCUGCUCAAGUUCCUCACGACUGUUGACUUUGGCAACGUCACGUACGAAGACGACUUUGAACGCACUGCCGCCGCCGCGGGCCUCCGCAUCGUCGUGAACCAGGCCAUCUCGGGCUCCACCAAGCAGUCGGUGCGUUCAUUCCGGCUGUUUGUGCUGGAGAAGGCUUCCCAAUAGUUAUAGAUUGUGCUGCCAUUUUGCAAUGAACCACGCAAGUCGUCGUAUUGUUUUGCUCUCCUU